AGGUAUGCGGCAUUGGCAACGCCUCCGGCGUCAGCCAGCCAGCGAAUGCCUUGCCUUCAACAAAGGCGUUGAGUAUUUGUUUUCCCCCCACUACUCUUGCGGCUAUCUCCUAUCACUGAGCACUGUUUACACGAUAAUCAGCUAAUCUCCGACUCCACGGAAGUCACGGUUAUCCAAGUGCGCCGCUUUUUAUCCACUCCUAGUUUUGUAAACAUCGCAAGAACGUGGUCAUGCCUGUGUUAAGUCGCUGCUGGACUCCCUUCAUGUUAUAUCACUGGACUAAUCUCCGCUAUGGGAGCUUCUACGCGGCGAUGUACACGGCGGUGGUGCAUAUUCUCUUCAUCUUCUACGCCAUCUAUGCGGUAUCCGGUGGGAGGACCGACUACUUUUUUAGCCCCUAUUUCGAACUUUCUAAGAAAGGAACGGAAGUGGCAGCGGGGCUGACGAUAAUCUUUGGCUUGUUGUUCCUCAUCUUUGCACUGAUGCUCGACAUUGGAGUGAAACGGGAUAACCGGUGCCUGUUCUUCCCGUGGAUGGUCUCGGUCGUCAUCGAGAUUCUUCUCAUGAUCGCCAUCGGACUGUGGUACAUCGGGCGUUACUACAGAAAUCUCUACUCCGUCCUUGCCGCAAUCAUUCUGUGGUGCAUUGAUGGCGUCCACGUCUACUGCUUCAUGUGCGUCGUAUCGCACUACCAAGUCGUCCGCGACCUCCAGGAACCCAAGUUCCAGAUCCUAUACCCGUGAUCCCCCUGCACAGCCCAAUUCUGGAUGGCAGUUUGGUUCCGGUUACUGUUCAGUCCCGGUUAUAUUGUUUUUAGUGACACGUGUGCACGUACACAAACGCGCACACGCUGUAUUUAGAAUGUAGCCAUUCCGUCCGUUUUCAUAUUUUCUCCCAUGGCUGCCCAUGUUGGUACCCAAAACCGAUGGAGGAAUGCAAUCUCAUCAUCUUUUUCGAGUCGUCGUCGUGGUACCUCGGCUCGCUCUUCUCAUUGUACAUGUCUGCACAUACUCUGGAAUCGUGUCGAUCCUCGGGAGGUGUUUCCGAGUCUGUUGUUUCUGGAGGGUCUACUCGGAGGCCAUAGCUUCUCUGUGUUCUCGGGCACCUUACGCCAUCUCACCUGCUUGUGCUGAAAAUGAAACUCGCAAAUUCCUUGCUUGUGGCCAUACUGGCACGUUACGAGCCAGUCUUGAUUCCCCAUAAGUGAACCAUCCAUUCUCUAUUGGAAUGUGAAAAGUCCUAUGGCUUAAGAAAGCCAAAGAACUAUGUCUUGCAGGCUUUCGUUUGCCAUAAUGGUUUUCUGGAAUGGCAGCUGAUACCCAAGUUAUAGAAGCUACCUUUUUCUUAGCCCACGGGUUAGCUUGCAAGUGAUUGGCCCACACUCAAAACUUUGCUGCCCUAGGCACUUUCCACUCUGGGCAUUUCCUGCCUUAAGCAAUUACCUCCCUGGACAGCUGCCUGCUCUUCCUAUUACAGAGUGUUUGCAAUGUUGACUGCCAGCCCUUGAAAAUUGAUGAAUGCCAAGACGUGCUGAACGAUGUGAAAGCAAAUGACGUUGUGAGAGAGAAGUUUUGCAUGGUGGUUUUACUUUAAAUCAAGUUCUACGGCAAUAGUGUCGAGAUGUAAUAGGAAGCUCAAGAGUUUUGGCAUUCCUAAAUAUCCGGUGAUUGGUCAAAGUGCCAUCUUUAGGGAAUGCCUUCAAUUCUGAGUUUGUGCGUAGUAUGAGGGCUUCUCUCAUCUCUCGCCUUGUUUGAGAGUAUAGUGACACCAGGAUUGAAUCUCGUGUUUGUUUUAUUCUUUACAACCAAGCUUUUGGAGUUGAAGACUUUACACAUUCAAAGACAAAGAUCGAGACGUUUUGCAGGACAAAACGAAAACAUUGCAGGUGCUACGCUGGGUGCCAACUCAAACAAGUGGCAUCUCCCAUCAUAUUUUGUAAAGUGUUGUGCAUCUUUUUUUGUAUAAGUGCUACGAAACUGCCAUUUGAAGGUAUGGGGAGGAGAGAGGCUAAUGAAAUUGUCCAUAGCCAGCGACAGGCUGAGAAUUCGGUACAAGUUCUGCCUCCAGCGUGCUUGUUACCUUCGGUGGGGCUUUGGCUGCACUUCCGACCAAGUGUAACCAUAAACAAAAAACUCACGCCGGAGCAUCUAGUGAAUUCUUAACGUGUCGCAGACUAUAAGAUUGAAACACAUUGUUGUUUUAACAAGAAAAAAACUGCCUUUUGCUGGCAGUGAGUGUGCCUUCUCAGCAUUAGUGCGACCAACAGAGAUCUGUGAAGAGGUUGAGACUUGACGAUUUAUAGGAAAGCUUGGCUGGGCCAAAACACGCAUUGUUCCUUUUUGGCACUGUGAAAUUCCAGCUCGUUGGCGGCAUUUUGUCCGUUCAAUCUCGCAAAUAGUUUGUUAUUACGACAAGUAGCUCCCGAGCGUGCUUCUUUUUUAGAAGGCUAUGAACUUAUAUUCCUGAUUUGUAUGCUGCAAGAUGAACGUUGAAUGAUGGAAAGCACGUUGUAGAAACAACUGACUAACAGAGAGCACAUUGUAGUGGUUAGGCUGGUUCUGUAAAGCAUCCACCCUAAUUUUUUUGGCAAUAAAAGUGUUUGCAAUUGA